CUAGGGGAGCUGAAGAUAGCCAUUGCAAGUGUAUCCUUUCACUCAAAUUAACAAGAUAGAAAAAAGAGACAUUCUUAAUGGGGAGCACAAAAGGUGAGUCAUACUUUGUCUUCAUGAACUAUGAUCCAGAAUACGUGCGACUUCAAGCUGAUAGAGCCAAGAAAGGGACGAAUGAGCUUGACUUGUACCUUAGUAGAAAGCAUGAUGAGCUCUUAGCAAAUACCCUUGAGCCAGGAAGCUACAAGAAGGAAUCUUCUUUAGUCAUUGUUGAUGGGUUUGCAGUGGAAAUAACAGAGGAUCAAGCCAAUGUGCUCAGAUCUGUAGAAGGAGUGAGAGUUGUGGAGAAAAAUGAAGUAGCUUAACAUUGCUAAUUAUUAGUGUUCUGAGAAUAUAAAAACUUGUUGUUUGUUUAGUUAACUUCCAGUUCUUGAAGUUUCUCAAGUGUUCAAUACUUUAAUUUGCUACUCCCUUGGCAAGAGGGGACUAUAAUUUAGGGAAAUCAAGUUAGAUUUGUGCUGAUUACCAUUUUAUUGUUGUAAUCUAACUAUUAGAAAACUUGUCAAAAUGAAAAUGUGGGACAUUGAACUUUUGAAAUACUAACUAUUUUUCCUAUAG